AUGGGUUGCUCGCCAUACUUCGCAGCGACCGGAACCCAUCCCCUCCUUCCCCUCGACAUCGCCGAAGCCACCUAUCUUCUACCACCACCGACCACGGCCCUCAGCACCACCGACCUCAUUGCUCGACGUGCCAUCGCUUUGCAGAAACGACGAUCGGACCUCGCCCACCUUCGCAGCUCAGUAGUCGGCGCCCGUGUCCAGGCCGCCAUCCGAUUCGAACAACAGCAUUUGGCCACACUUCGCGACUUCAAUUUCCACCGAGGCUCGCUUGUCCUGAUGCGCAACACAGCCAUAGAAAAGGCGCUCAAUCGGAAGAUGCGUCCACGUUAUUUAGGACCUUUGCUAGUAAUUUCUAGGAAUCGGGGAGGAGCGUAUAUUUUGGCCGAACUCGAUGGAUCGGUCUUUGAUCGGCCAGUUGCAGCAUUCCGCGUUAUUCCUUAUUUUGCUCGCAGGUCUCUGAAGCUCGCCGACCUUGAAGCCCUCCUCGACAUCUCGCAGGAACGCCUUCGGGCCAUGGAAGAUUCCCGCUCGAGCGACGACGACGCCGAAGACGAUAGUGCCGAUGAAGAUACCGACACCAGCUCAGUCCGAUCGGCGGAGGACGACGACGCGGCUUCGGCGACCUCCGACUAG